ACCACCCGAGUCUCGCCCGGUCCAAAAAAAUUUGAAAGCCUCCGAGUCUGGCCACCGCCUCAGAUCUAUCGACUCUCUCUCUCUCUCACUGUGAUAGCUUGAAGAAGAAGAAGGCUCUUAACAAUGCCAGCGACUGAUGCAGACUUCGAUCUCAGACCUUCUCCUCAGUCCGCGUUCGCAAUCGGAGAGUACGCAUUUGCCGAUGUGGGGAAUUUGGAGCACUGUAUCAAGUAUUUGAACCAGACGCUCGUUACUUUCGGAUUCCCGGCUUCGCUUGAUCUCUUCGCCAAUGAUCCGGUUUCGGUAGCUCGGACUUGCAAUUGUAUGUAUUCUUUGAUUCAGCAGAGACAACGCGAUGUAGAAUUUCGAGAGUCUGCUAACGAACAGAGACAGCGGCUAUUGUCAGACAUAUCAAGGUUAGAAGCUAAAGUUGAGCGGCUUGAGGGGCAUAUUCAAGCCAAAGAUAGGGAAAUAGCAACAAUGACACGAACGGAAGCUAAAGCUACAGCGGCUUUUAAGUCUCAAAUUGAGAAGCUGCAGAAAGAGCGAGAUGAGUUUCAGAGAAUGGUCAUUGGGAAUCAGCAAGUUAAGACUCAACAAAUGCAUGAGAUGAAGAAAAAAGAAAAGGAGUACAUAAAGCUGCAGGAGAGACUAAACCAAGUGUUGAUGGAGAAAAAGAAGGAAUCUAGAUCUGGCAUGGAGAUAAUGAACUUGCUUCAGAAAGAAGGGAGGCAGCAGCGUGGAACAUGGAACGGAAAGAAGACUGAUAAUGAUUUUUAUAAAAAGAUUGUGGAUGCUUAUGAGGCCAAAAAUCAAGACUUGAUGGCGGAGAAUUCCGAUCUGAAGGCAUUAUUACGAUCAAUGCAGAUGGAUAUGCGUGAUUUCAUAAAUCAUCCAAAUGGGCAGUCUAAGCAGUCUCUAGCUGCCAAUGAACGGGUUGAAACUGACCACACACAAUCUCCAUUGGGUGGAAGAACGGAUGUCUUUGAUCUGCCCUUUCACAUGGCCAGAAAUCAAAUAGAAGAAAGUCUCCGAAAUAAGAUGGCUUCGAUAAAGGAGCGUAUGGGUCAAUUGCAAGAUGCACAAAAAGAAGCGGAGGUUACUUCUGAAGCAACUGAGAGGGAGCUUGAGCUUGAAGCUCAACUUGUUGAGGCGAGGAGCAUAAUCCAAGAGCAGGCGUCCAUAAUGUCCAAACAAUUUACCAAGCCUGAGAGGCAAAGGAGUCUGAAUGGCUAUUUUAAUUCUGGCAGGGAAUCUAUCAUUUCGUCACCUGCGGAGGGGGUAAGAAACUAACAAGCUUGACGACAUCUGAAUUGUUUGGCAAAUGUCUAUGAUUAUUUGAAGUUGGUUGUAUGCUGAGAAUCUGAGAUGAAUGGCAGCUUGUAUUUAAGCUAUUGUAUGAUUUAUUCUGACCAAGAGUAUUCUGAACGACGUGUUCAGUUUGUAAAACCUAGAAGGCAUUUAGUCUGUCUUGUCAAUGUAAUUAUGAACUAGCUAUUCUUAUGAACCAUGCUUCAAGUUUAGUUAAUUUCUUUCCUCGGGUUGAGUUUAUUUUAUCCUUCA